AUGCCCAGAAUUGGAUUCGGCCUCUUCGAAAACUACGACGCUCGCCGCUCAACUUUGCAUGCUUUCAAAGCCGGUUAUCGACUUGUAGAUUCUGCACAGAUAUAUGGCAACGAAAAGCAGCUUGGUGCAGCUAUUCACUCCUCAGGCCUCGACCGUGGCGAAUUAUUCAUCGUCACCAAAUGCGUCUCCAACACAGAGAGCUAUGACGCGACGCUCAAAGGCAUCGACGAGUCCCUCGAGAACCUGCAGACGAGCUAUAUUGACCUUUUCCUGAUCCAUGACCCUGUCGCAGGGAAGCGGCGCCGGCUCGAAAUAUACAAGGCGCUUUUGGACUGCAAAGCCACGGGUAAAAUCAGAUCUGUGGGCGUGUCGAAUUUUAACGUCAAGCACAUAGAAGAAAUUAAAGAAGCCGGGUACGAGCUCCCAUCCAUUAACCAGAUAGAGCUUCACCCAUUCUGCCAACAAAAAGCGAUUGUUGAGUACUGCAGAGCAAAUAACAUCGUGAUUCAAGCGUACUGCCCGAUUCUACGUGGAAACCUCGUCCAUCCCGCCAUCAUAGGAGUAGCCAACAAGCAUGUCCGCGACCCGGCGAAGAUCCUGCUCCGAUGGUCAUUACAACACGGAUUCGUGCCUCUGCCCAAGAGCGUGACGCCCUCUCGCAUACAAUCGAACAUCGACCUGUACGAUUUCGUGCUAGACGCGGAUGACAUGCACGCGCUUGAUGUCCUUGAUCGGGGAAGCAAGGGCGCUAUCAGUUGGAACCCAAUCGACGCGGAAUAG